CACGUGAAUUAUGUGAGUGAGGUCCAAGCUCGUAAGUCCAAACAACGGAUACAGGUCCAGCGACCCAGGAGAAAUAGCCGUUUUGCCUUCCCUACCCUCGGCGUUAGACCUCGCCCCCUACUCUCUCUCAAUCGGUAAUCCAUGGAGGAAUUCCAGCAUCCUACGAAUUCUUCUCGGCCCAUAACGAGUCUUCCAUUGGAUAGUCGCUUCUGAACCCAUUAAUUAGGCAAAGAACACCACUACGUCGUCAAAACAACCACAAUUUGUUACGAGGGUAAUGUCUGAAGUAGAUCACUUACUGUCAAAGAAGGUCGCCGAUCGGUACCUGAAGCGUGAAGUCCUCGGCGAAGGCACUUAUGGAGUUGUCUAUAAGGCCAUCGACACUAAGACGGGACAAACAGUUGCAAUUAAGAAAAUCCGGCUUGGAAAACAGAAGGAAGGAGUCAAUUUCACAGCUCUAAGAGAGAUUAAAUUGCUGAAGGAGUUGAAGGAUUCCAAUAUAAUUGAGCUGAUAGAUGCAUUCCCGCAUAAAGGGAACUUGCAUCUUGUGUUCGAGUUCAUGGAGACAGAUCUAGAAGCUGUCAUUCGGGAUAGAAAUAUUGUCCUUUCACCUGCUGACAUAAAAUCAUACCUUCAAAUGACUUUGAAGGGACUCGCUUUCUGCCACAAGAAAUGGGUCUUGCAUAGGGAUAUGAAACCAAACAAUUUGUUGAUAGGGCCUCGAGGACAGCUAAAACUUGCGGAUUUUGGUUUAGCUCGUAUAUUUGGGAGCCCAGAUCGUCGGUUCACUCACCAGGUCUUUGCUCGAUGGUAUAGGGCGCCUGAGCUGCUGUUUGGUGCCAAGGCUUAUGGUCCUGCUGUAGAUGUUUGGGCUGCCGCUUGUAUAUUUGCUGAACUCCUUCUACGCCGGCCUUUUCUUCAGGGUAAUAGUGACAUUGAUCAACUGGGGAAAAUAUUCGCUGCUUUUGGCACUCCAAAGCUCUCUCAGUGGCCUGAUAUGCAAUACCUACCUGACUACGUGGAAUACCAACAUGUCCCCGGACAACCUCUUCGUCAAUUAUUUCCAAUGGCUAGUGAUGAUGCUUUAGAUCUAUUGUCAAAGAUGUUCAUGUAUGACCCCAAAGCUAGAAUUUCUGCACAGCAGGCAUUAGAGCAUAGGUACUUCUCAUCUGGACCACCUCCUACAGAACCAGCUUUGCUCCCAAGACCUCCCCCAAAGAGGGAUUCCCUAAAUUCAAAGGUUUCAGAUUUCAAUCAGCGGGAGGGUCCUUUUGUAUUGUCCCCUCCAAGAAAGUCGAGAAGAGUGAUGCCACAUCGCGAGGGAAUUGAUGGACAUACAUACCAAGUUGAUAAAGUUGACGAUCAUGUAGAUGAAAUCAAACCAGCAGCCGGUGAAAGGAGUGAACAUGUACCGAUGUCACUAGAUUUUUCUGUCUUUGGAGCACGACCUCCUAGUAGGCCGACAAUUAACAGUGUUGACAGAUCACACCUAAAGAGGAAACUGGAUCUUGAGUUUCAACUUCCUGAAGAAGAAUAGUGCAAUAUACGCCUAUUCAUAGAUUUGGUUGAUCUUCAGACCGAUUAGUCAUUGCUUUAUCAGGUAUGUGAUACCUCUCUAAAUGAACAUAAUUGCAUAGUUGCUAUGAUGUCCUUUGGUAUAUUUAAUGGAGUUCUUUAUGUCUAAUCUUCUUGUUGAAGUUAUAGUGCAAAGCAAGUCCUCGUUGAGAGUAGCAAUUUGUAACCCCAUCAAAGACAGCCGCCAAAUUUUUUGUACAAGGAAGUGGAAGUGGUUCCUUUUCAGAUCAAGAGGGAAAGUGUACACUACCAAUUGAGAAGUUGCUUAUUAUUAUUUGUAAUGAAGCUGGCAAAUAUUUGAUACAAGAAUCGGGUUGAUAACGGACGGAUAUUUGAUUGUGCAUGUGAUUUGAGUUGGGACAGCGACUUGAUUGUUGAGGCAAAGUUGUUAUUCUGUCGUUCAUUAGUACUUCUGAGGCAACUUAACUGAUUAUUACGACAAUAUGCUUGGUUUCCGGUA